AGAAUGUUUCUGUUCCAUUGAAUUGUCCCUAUUUUGUGGUCACUAUUCAAAACGUCAAACAUUAAUGUCGUUUUGUAUCUUAUUUCCAGAGUCGGUCUAUCCAUAUAGAUCAUUGAUCGGAGGGCAAUUCUAACAGGGUAACAAUAGUCGGUAUUUUCUCUUUUAAUAGACGCGAUUGUAUGCUAACACUCCUUCUCCUUCCAUUUUCUUUUUCCUUCUUCGUUCUCAAUUUUCACUUCCCGAGUUUUCCGAGAAAAUCGAGAAGGAAAGACAGAAACUUAUCUUUGUGCCAAACAGGAAAAAUUAUAUCUGUCUGUAAUCCACAUGACUUCAGAUUUGGCAUUUCAAGUUCCUGCCGAGCUCGAGACAGCUUUGCAAUUGAAGACUGUCCAGUACUUAGUUACGCGAAGACCCUGGCUUGAUCUUUAUGGGAUUAACGUUCGACCAGUUGCACCAUAUGAGAGUGCAGUUAGAAGACAAAAUUAUGAUCCUGCACUGAUACAUCGAAGCUUGCCUGAUGAGCUGCUACUGGAGAUUUUUUUACGAAUGAAUCCAUAUGAUUUAGGAAGGGCUGCUUGUGUUUGUCGAAAAUGGAGAUACACUGUUCGUAACCCUGUAUUCUGGCGUAGUGCUUGCUUAAAGGCUUGGCAGCUAUCUGGAGUGGUAGAAAACUAUAAGGUUUUGCAAUCAAAAUAUGAGAGUUCAUGGAGGAAAAUGUGGCUUUUAAGACCAAGGGUCCGUACUGAUGGUCUCUAUGUGAGUAGGAACACCUAUAUUCGUACUGGUGUGAGAGAGUGGACGGUCACCAAUCCUGUUCAUUUGGUUUGCUAUUAUCGUUACAUGAGAUUUUUACCUUCAGGAAGGUUUCUUUAUAAGAAUUCUUCUCAUACAGUGAAGGAGGUUGCUAAAUGCAUGAAUCUCCGUGCAACUAAAUCUGAUGAUGUUUUUAUUGGUCGAUUCACUUUGACUGAUGACAAGGUUGAAGCUUUUUUCCGGUACCCUGGCUUGCUCCCUACUCUAUGGAAAAUACGUUUAAGGUUGAGAGGAACAGUUGCUGGGGCUAAUAAUCGAAUGGAUGUACUCUCACUUGUUACAAGUAGAGUGGACGGUGAUGGGGUCAGUGGACCUAAAGAAGACAUUGAUGAAGUCAUCGAGGACUGGCAAGAGGAUGAGAUUUCGCGCACUUCACACAGGAGGGGUCUUGCGCCUUUUGUAUUUGUUCCAUUUGAGGAGGUGGGAACAUCAGUUCUGAACCUGCCUGUGGAGAAGAUGGAUUUUUAUGUACCUGGAUAGAACCUGGAUCUUCUUUUGAUUAAUUGAGCUCCAGCUAAUGUUGAAACAUCAAAAUGGUAACCUUGCAGCUCUCAAGAUGAUUACUUCAGUACAUAACCAAAGCUUGUUUUGUCGAGUUGUAUAUAUGUAUGUAUUUAUACCUGAAUACUUGUAUGAUACCAUAUGGUUCAUUACAUUUUUAUUUUUGGCUUUCAGUGUUUGUGCCUCCAAAUCUAUGUGUCAGAUAAUGUUGUGUACUUACUGUUAGGCUUUGCCUGUGGAUUUUGUCGUAAUCAAGGGUUCACUGUGCAGCACCUAAUAAUCAGAAUUGUCUCAUUCGUUACCAUGUUAA